AUGUCGGAAUCAAAGAAACUGAUCGACCCGACCAAGAAGUAUUAUGGCUGGCGAAUCGAGAAGCUGCUGGACGAAGGAGGCUUCGGUCAGGUGUUCAAGGUCUACAAGGACGACAAGCUGACCGGGGUGAGGAAGAUCGCCGCCCUCAAGGCCGAGUCCAACGAUCAGGAGGGCGGAUCCGCCAUUAAGCUUGAGGUGGGUUCGAAAUUAAAAAAGUUUUUUUUGAAUUAAAAUUGUUUAAAAUUAAUUUGUAGCUUAAUUUUUCGAUUUUUUAAAUUUUUAUUAGUGAUUUUUUUAAAAGUUUGAUUUUUGAUCAUGGACAUGUUUUAUCGUAUAACAUGUCGCUUUAAGAGCUUUUUGGUUAUUUUGGUAAAAAUAUUGAUAAUGACAUUGUUUUUAUUCAAUCCCUGUCGAAAUUACUUUACUUUCCCUCAAAAUGUAGCGAAAAUCACAAAAAGUUUUAAAAAGUGACAUUUUAUACGAUGAAACAUGUAUUUGUAGGUAUGUUACUGUAGCCUUCAUAAGUCUGUUGUGUGGUUUUCUUACAUCUUUUCAUAAAAUUCCUUACCAAACCAACUUUAGAUGUCAGUAUUAAUGAUGUUACACAAGGAUGGGAAAGAGAUGCCACACGUACCGUACAUGUUCCACGCCGCCAAGCGAGUCCACUUCUGCUACAUGGUGGUGACGUUGUUGGGGGAGAAUCUGCGAACGCUGAAGAAAUGGAAGAAGGGCAGCGACACACUCUCGGUGGAGACAUGGUCCAGACUGGCACUCCAGUGCUUGUACAGUAUCAAACUCGUGCACGACGUGGGGUUUGUGCAUCGCGACAUCAAGCCUGCCAACUUCAUGAUGGGUCGCGACGACGAUGUCAUGAGGGGAAGGCUGGUUCACAUUCUCGACUUUGGAUUGGCACGGUAGGUGGGGCGGGUGGAGAAGAGUAGGGUAGGGUAACUUAUAACUUCUAUACCAGUAUCUACCGUAAAAUAAAAAACUACAGUAAUCCAAUAUAAAAUUACUGUAAACAACCAGAGAUUACUGUACUUUCCAGAAGCUACGCUCUGAUGAGAGGAACCACCUUCGUAGGUCGUCGUGCCCGAGGCAAUGUUGAGUUUCGCGGCACGUUGCGCUACUGUUCCCCGAACGUUCACUUCAAAAUGGAACAGGGACGGCACGACGACCUCUACUCUCUGAUGUACAUCGUGGUAGAGCUACAUUGUGGUCUACCGUGGCAGACGACCAAAGAGAAAGACGUACUCGAGAAGGAGAAGCUGGGGAAGACCAAAGUACUCAACAAGUGGCUGCCUGGUGGGUACUGUAUUAUUGCAUACUGUAUUAUUCUGUACUGUAUUGUUGUAUACUGUAAUCUUAAAAGGGAUUAAUAAGUUUUAGCAUUUUAUCUUGUUAUAGCCGAACUACACCCCAUCAUCCCCCACUUGGAGAAGCUGAACUGCUACAGUCGCCCCGACUACGCCAUGAUAGCCAACUGCUUCAGAAGUCUCAGUAGCCGGCUAAAGGUCAGCUUUGCUUCACCGUACGACUGGGAAGCGAGCGACGAAAAACGAAAAAAUCUGGGAAAAGAACUCGUAAGUUACAGUAAUCAUUGUGAGCUACAGUAUAUUACCGUAAUCCUAUAUUCUCAAUUUUUAAAGUGCAGAGUAGAGCAUAAUAUAGAGUGUCAUAGAUAUUACUGUAGCUUUAUAUCCCUUUUGGGUUACAGUAAUCCUUGUGAGCUACAGUAUACCUUUCAUGAAAGGCAUUCUUACAGUAAUCCUAUAUUUCUAAUUUUUAAAAUACUGUGUCAUAGAGAUUACUGUAGCUUUAGUCACUUUUUAGUUACAGUAAUCCAUGUAAGCUACAGUAUACAUUUUUGUGAAACUCAAGUUACAGUAUUCCAAAAUUAUUAUCUUUCAAAAUGUAGCUUGAGAUACAGUGUCAUAAAGAUAAAACUGUACCAUUAACCAUUUUUUGGUGACAGUAAUCUCUGUUAGCUACAGUAUACAGUUUACAAAAACCAAAUCUACAGUACCUUUUUAGCUAACCAAACGAGGCGGACCUCCAGAGUACGAGAAGAACGAAGAAUUCUAUGCUUCAGAUCCAGUCGGAAUCAAUACAGCACCACCCCUAACUGGUACAGGCACCAGCGACGUCGCCUGCCAAGCCACCUCCGAAGACAACAAAAUACAACAAGGCGUGUCCAAGCUGACCAGCAUCCAGGUCGACCAGGAGGAGAAGAAAUAG